GACAAGCGCCCGCCCGCCCGCCGUCCCGCACGCACAACCAUCCACCCCCAGGCCGAGGGCCGAGCGCCCGAGCGCCGGUGCGAUCUCUCCCCGCCCGCCCUCUCCCGCUCGCGCGGCCUGGCCGGCGGCCGCGAUGGGCAGCGAGGACGUGCUCGUCGAGAUCCACCCCCGCGAGCUCCGCUUCCUCUUUGAGGUGAAGAAGCAGAGUUCAUGUUGUGUCCAUCUUGUGAACAAGUCAGAUCAAUAUGUUGCAUUCAAGGUUAAAACAACUUCUCCAAAAAGAUAUUGUGUUCGACCAAAUGUAGGAGUUAUUCUUCCAUUGGCAUCAUGUGAUUUCACAGUUACUAUGCAAGCGGUAAAGAAUGCUCCACCAGAUCUGCAAAUAAAAGACAAGUUUCUUGUGCAGACCACAGUUGUUCCAUUUGGUACAGCUGAUGAAGACAUUGUUCCUGCUUUUUUCUCCAAAGAAUCCGACCGAUAUAUUGAGGAGAAGAAGUUGAAAGUUGUCCUUGUCAGCAUGACUCAGCCUCAAGUAGAGCAACUCAUCAAUGGAGUUUCCCAUGCCAAGGAAACAGUUGGGGUUCCUGUGACAGAGGAAAUACUAGAUAAUGUGAAUGAAGCGCCUGUUGUGGUGAAUGAAGUUUCUCAUCCCCUGAAAGCAAAAUUUCCCCCAUUAAGAGGAAGUCCUGCUACUUUCAGUGAAACUUCCGCCCCUGUAAAAGAAUGCCCUACUGUUCUGCAAGAUUUUCUAGUCCCAUCAAAUCAAUCUUCAUUUACUUUGUCGGAAUCUGCUCCCAAUCUGCAAGAAACCUCUGCUAUCUCUGUAGAAUCUCAAUUUGCUUCAACAGGAACAAGUGCGGACCUGAAAUCUCCACCAUUGGAAUAUACUCCUGCUCCAAGUGAAGUUCCAUCAUUAAGUGAUAUAGAAUCUACCAAUACUGAUAAUAUUCAUAUAUCUCAUGUAACCGAAGAUGUCCACACUUUACAAAUGCAACUUAACAAUCUUGGAGUAAAACUUGAAGAGGCGGAAACUUUGAUCAUAAAAUUGAUGGAACAGACCAGAACUACCAUCCAAGAGCGGGAUAAAUUGCGGAAAGAGAUGAUAUUCUUGAAAAGGGCGGGCGCUGCACAGGUUCAGUCCAACACUGGUUUCCCCCUGCUUUUCGUCGUCUACAUGGCAGUUGUUGGCAUGUCGCUCGGUUACCUUCUGCACCUAGUAUGAGAAUGGAGUAUCAGAGAUGAAGCGCCUGGGCCGGGCUUUGCUGAUCUUUCUUGGAGCGGCCGAGUUUGAGAAGUUACUAGGGUACUUAAUCAGAGAGAAACUACCGUAGCGUCAUGAUCGUCACAUUAGUUUGUGGAUUUCAAUAUACACCUCAGGGUGACAAUUACUGGAGCGUAUAGAAAUAGAACAGUGUAAUUUUACUUUGUAUAUAACUCAAAGGUUUUGCCUGAAGACUAUCCAGGAGACCAUAUACUUUGUGUUCUCCUUUCUGAAUUAGCUAGCAUAUGCGGCCCUA